AUGUCAUCCUCGGCAGACACAGGCCCCAUAUCCCCCGCGCGCUUCUCCGCCGCCCUGAAAGACCUCUCAGUCGAGAUGCUCCACCUCAAAGUCCUCGAGAUCCGCAACUCGAUAGCUCACCUGCAAUACUCCAACGACCAGCUCCGGCCAUUCGCAGACGGUACGCAGCCGGCCUCCUCCGCAGACGGUACCCUGUCCGGGCAAGGGGCAGGAGAGCCCGACCAGGAUUGCAUCGACGCCAUACGCGAAAACGACGUGGUGAUAGAGCGCAUGACAGAGCGCAUAGCCCUCGUCAGGAUCGAGGUGGAGGAGAGGGGCGUCAGCUGGGACGAGUUCCAGAGCAGAGACGAGCUCGAUGCGAGGGCGGCGGCUACAUCAACGACAGCAGAGGCCACCGCAACGAAUGGUCAGCAGCAGACGACGUCGUCGCCCUGGACGGACGGGACAUUUCAGACCGGUACUAUCCGGAACGGAGAAGUCCAUCUUGAUGAGCAAGGUGCUGGUGCUGGUGCUGGUGCUGGUGCUUCUGCCUCGACCUCUGCAUCCCGGACAGGAGGUUCCCUCGACGAUCAACAACUUCGCCAGGCCCUAGAGGAGCGUAUGCGCAACUUGAAUCAUGACGAUGAUGAUGAUGAACAGGGCGGCAUGCAUCUCUAG